CCCCCGUCCCCACCACUACCCCCUCUCCCCCCGCUCCGGCGCUACUGAUUCCUGAACCCAUAGAAGCCCUUCGAGGCUUCGACCCGCUCCAGAAUCUUCUAGAACCUCUCUCCUUAGUCGCCAUGAACCGAUGCGAGCUCACCGAUCCCCCCUUCCGCGACGUCUCCAAUCUCCGCACCCAGAAACCUAACCCCAAAUCUCCCGUCCCGCUCCUCUUCACUGCCUCCAAAACAGCACUCCCUGGCCCCACCCCGACGCCCCUCGGCCGGAGGAGACCCCGAACCGGCGCCGGGACACCGACGCCCGUCGGCAGCAGGAGGCCCCUCGCCGGCGCCGCGACGCCCCUCGCCCGGCGCCUCCGCGCGCUCGAGCUCGACCAGUCGCGUUCCGCACGCCGCGCCGAGUGCGGCCGCGAGCGCGCCCUCCGCGCCUUCGCGGCCUCCGCCUCGUCAUGGCUGUCCCUCCUACUGCGAGACCCCUCCGCCUGCGGCUGCUCCCCUGCUGCGUCCCCCACGGCCACCCGGGCCCCCGUCGCGGGCAAGCGCGACUCUCUCGAUGGCGCGCGCGCGCCCGGAAGUAGCCCCAAGCGGCACCGCGGUAGGGAUCGUUGUGGGGAGAGGAGGAAGGCGAUGACGCCUGCUAUGGAGGUUGUGUUAAGGGACUCCCUGAGGGAGGUGUGCAGCUUGGAUGAUGUAAAGGAGAGAAUGGACAAGUACAUGAGCACGGACGCGCGCGAGGAGGUGCUCGUCAUGAUGUGCCGAAUUUGCAAGAACAUCGAUGGGAGUAGACUGAAGAUGAAAGCCCAUUGCCCUAUUGUGACAGAUCUUAGGCUGAAAGAGAAUGCGAUUAGAAUUUUCAUGUGUUACAAUCCAGAGUGGCUCAGAAUAGGUUUGCAUAUUGUGCUUGGGGGUGAUUGCUUGCUGCAGAAUGGAUUGCGGAAACAGGACAAGGAGGUCCCCUUUCUGAAACUUAUUCUGGAGAAGCAGUUGUUUGGUCAACUUGUGGCUCCAAAGACUUCUGCUCAGAACAAGUUGGUAGAAAGGCUCCACAGAACAGGUUAUACCGAAGCAUUGGGCAACAUCAUAUUGAAAAGACUGUUUCUUCUUGUUGCUGCUUUAGACAGUGCGAAAAUGGAAAGUGCCAUACCUCUUGAAUCUGGAAUCGAUAGCCUUGAUGGUGGAUCCCCUCCAUUGUUUUGCCACCAAAGCCACAUAAAAUCUAGCAGGCAAAUAUCCAGGUCUUUGGGCGAGGCCAUGCAUGGAGAAGGUGAUCUCCUGAUGCACCUAUCAUCCAUGGGCUACAUACUGAAUUAUCAACAGCUUGCUCUAUCAGAGUAUGAUUUCACUAUAGGGAAUUUAUUUGAAGAUCUCCUUGAUGGCAUAAUUCUUUGUAGAGUUGUUCAUCUCCUUCUUUCUGACACUUCGAUCAUUUUGAAAGUGAUUGCUCCUUCAGACACGCAUAAAAAGAAAUUGCACAAUUGCACCAUGGCUAUCCAGUAUAUCAAGAAAGCUGGCGUUCCAAUAUCUGAUGCAGAUGGAGUCACAAUUUCAGCAGAAGACAUUACUAAUGGGGACAAGGAACUAAUUCUUUCGUUGUUAUGGAACAUUUUCAUCCAUAUGCAGUUACCCUUGCUAGCAAACAAGACUUCACUAGCUCGUGAACUAUCGAGGCUAAAGGCACCAACGGUGGAACAACCAGUCUCUGAGACCAAGUCACACAUGGGCUUGCUUUAUGAUUGGUUUCAGGUGGUAUGUGAAAAAUAUGACAUAAACGUGGAAACUUCUUCUAAGAUUGACAGGAGAGCGCUGAACUACUUUAUAAAUUAUUAUUUGAACAUUGGCAUUCAGAGGUGUCCACCCAAGGAAACAUUUUCUGAUUGUCGAAAGGAAUUGUUUGGUUAUGAACAGGAGACUUUCACUGAUACCUCUAGCUGUCCAACAAACAAAAUGGAAAAGGUUCUUGGAGACUUUCUCCAGGAUUCUCCAGCUAGUGGCAUCUUAGCCAGUGAUAUAUUAUUUGAUGAAAAGGGUGCAGUAAUUUUGAUUGCAUUUCUAUGUUCACAUCUGACUAGUGAUAAAAGAUUGGAACAACUAAGGAAUUUAACCAAUGCGAGGCUGGACCACCAAAGCCUGGAGAAUAAAGUUUCGGCUAUGAUUAUAUCUCUGGGAAAGAAUGAUGUGAAGUAUCAAUCCCCUCAGAGAGAUAACACAGAUAAUUCAUGCACUAGCCAGGAGCGGGCUGCUACAAUUAUACAGACUCAAGUCAGAGAAAUUAUUGCAAAGAACAAAUAUCUUAAGAUUAAGAAGUCAAUAGCUAUCCUGCAAGGUGCUAUGCGAGCUUGGUCAUCUGUCAUCAUGAAAAGCAAAUGUAAAUGUCAAACUGCUGCCUUCUCUACUCGCCAGGAAGCGCAUGGAAACUUCAACAGAUAUUUCACUUUUAUGUUAGAAAGACAUAGAUUUGUGCGAAUGAGAAGAUCUGCUAUUGUGAUUCAGCAGGCUGUAAGGAUUUGGAUUAGGGGAAGAAAGAGGCUUGAGAACAUUGAGCAUUUUGAAAGUCAUGAGUUCUUCAAAGCUAGAGCUUCAUCGAAAACUGAUUGCGUUUGCAAAGAACUGUGUGAUGGUGAGAAUGAAACCAUACCAUGCAAGGAUGUGCGUACAUCAACAGCUUCGGCUGCUAACCCUCAAUGCCUUGAUGAGACUGACUGUAUAGAUGCCACUCCUCUGCAGCUUGGUGACAAACACAUCAACCAUGUAACUCCUAUCAUUCAGCUCUGCAAUUGUUGGCAUGAUUCUUUAGCUUCUCCCAGUCCACAUCAGAGUAUGGUUGAGAGUGUCUCCAUUAAUUCUCUCAGUCACCACCUAUUUAAGGUUGAGACUGCCAGCAUAGCAUCAGCCACUAAACUUGUGCAUGAUGAGGAUGAUAUGGACUGUGGAGGCAAUAUUUUUUCUGGAGCUUCAUUCCAGAAUGAACAGCCUGUAUCUGCACAGGUCGAUUUCUUGCUUUGCAAAGAUGUAAUGGCUGCUCGAAAGAUACAGUUUGCAUACAGAAGAUAUGUACACGAAAGAUACUCAAGAAUGUCUGCUGCAAUCAAAAUUCAGAGCCACUGGCGUGGUUUCACCAUGCGAAUGUGUUUUACAAAGCAAGUUGAAGCUAUCAUUGCCAUCCAAUCUGUAACAAGACACAACUUGUGCCAUUGGGCUUUUCAACAAAAUCGCGGUUCCACGAUAGUAAUUCAACGUUUUGCCAGAGGAUUUUUAGCUAGAAAGCGACUAUUAGGUUCUUCGCUGCAAGCCUACAAAGGAACUUUUGCACUUGACGGAAGUCAACACGAAAGAUAUCACCAACGUAUUGAACUAAAAAUUGUGGUGUACUCAAUCUUAAGGCUACAAAGAUGGUGGAGGGAAGUUCUAUUGCACCGGUCUAUCAGAAGAUCAGUAAUCUCAAUUCAAUCCUCGGUACGUGGUUGGUUGGUUCGGAAAAAAGUAAAUCGAAUUAUCUGCUGUGUCUACGUCAUUCAAAGACGGUGGAGAAAGGUUAUGUUUCUUGAAUCAAGGAAAAGAGCUGCAAUUAUUAUCCAGUCCCAUGUUCGUUGUUGGAUAGCACAACGGGCUGCUUUUAGAAAAAAGAAGUGUAUUACUGUUAUCCAGGCCUUUAUUAAAGCCUACCAUGUGAGGAAAGCUUCAAAGAAAGAAGUUGCUGAUAUAAGAUCUAGAAUACAGAAGGCUUCUUCACAAAUUGAUGAUGGCAUGCGCCUGCUCAACAGACUAAUUGCUGCACUAUCGCAAAUCAGUGACUGUAGGAGCAUCAGCAGCAUUCGACAAACUUGCACAACAUUAAGUUUUGCUACAGAGCUUUCUGAGAAAUGCUGCGAGACACUUGUUGGUGCGGGUGCUGUAGACAUUCUUUUGAAGCAAAUCCCUAAGCUGAAUCGCGGGAUCCCUGACCAGGAAGUCUUAAAGCAAGUGCUGAUUACUCUGAGGAACAUUGCACGCUUCCCAAAUCUUCGACCAGUGUUAGCUAACACUCCACAAUUAGUUAACAUAAUAUUCCAGGAGUUGCUGAGGAACGAAGAGGACGGGUUUUUCAUUGCAUGUGGUAUUUUGAAGAACUUGUGCCAGUCCAAAGAGGGCCAUGAAAUCACUGCUGGAGUCCUACAACACCGCAUAAAAAGGCUGUGCAGUGUGGUGGAAGACCUUGAGAAGAAGGUGGAGCAUGACAAGAGGAACGGUCGCACCGGAGCAAAAAAGGAGGACAGUGCACGGCGGCGCCUCGGGGAGGCUGCCAGUCUCUACCAUCUUCUCACCGAUGACUUCUAUGAUCUGGUUAAUCGGAAAGCUAGAUCUAACAUCAGGAGGCAUUAGUUUCUGGAAUUGAUCUUGUAGACAUAGGCGGAGUUACGUGGAGGCGAAACGGGGCAACAACCCCCCUUCCAAAACUGCAAUUUCUGAACUAUAGGUCUACUCAUUUCACUGGCCCGUCCAUCAACGUGUAACUCUCCUUCUUUUCUCGUUUUCCCAAUAGCCCAAUCGACAAGUAACUACAUCAAUUUCGCCCUGUAGCCCGUGAUGGCUGUAGCGCUGCCCGGAUAAGAACUCAUCGAUCCCUUUUUUUU